UCACGCAAAGGGUGGUGGGUGUAUGGAACAAGCUGCCAGAGGAGGUAGUUGAGGCUGGGACUAUCCCAACGUUUUAAGAAACAGUUAGACAGGGACAUGGAUAGGACAUGUUUGGAGGGAUGUGGGCCAACUUGCCCACAUGUUGCAGGCAGGUGGGACUAGUGUAGAUGGGGCAUGUUGGCCGGUAUGGGCAAGUUGGGCUGAAAGGCCUGUUUCCACACUGUAUCAAGAUUCACCAGAUUCAAGAUUCAAGAAAGUUUAUUGUCAUGUGUCCCUGAUAGGUCAAUGAAAUUCUUGCUUUGCUUCAGCACAACAGAACAUAGUAGGCAUAAGUCAAGAGUGACUCCAUGAAAACCAGUCUAAAGAAGGGUCUCGACCCGAAACGUCACCUAUUCCUUCUCUCCAUAGACGCUGCCUGCCCCGCAGAGUUACUCCAGUUUUUUGUGUCUCUCUCCAGUGAGCAGACGGGGGGAGGUUGGUCGCUUUAACGGCGCAGCUGAACAGUGAGCGAGUCAUCCAGACCAUCAAAACUCAUCCGAAUUCCAGCCUGGGGUUGAUAAACCUCCAACCAGCGCCGCCACGUUUAUUUUUAGCAUGGGUGCCAGUGCCAUUGGCUGGCUGUGACGCCACUCAUCCUUGUCCCAACUUUACUGUCUAAACCUGCUUCAAAUACGGAGUCAGAGGCCGGCUGCCGAACCCGGGACCACACUCAAUAUAUAAACGAGCUAAAAUAAGGGCAGGAGCCGGCGCUGUACACACCGCUGCCACCCUGGGUCGGGGUAACACCAGGCACCGCCCAAUUUAUUAUUUUUCUUCUAAUAUAUAUUUCCAACACUCCUUUAUUUCCGCGUGUGUGUGUGUUAGUUGGCCGAGGAGUGGAGAGAUGAUUAUCUAAGAGAGACUGCUCGCUGGACGCAAGAAACUGCCGAGGUACAGAUUCUGGGAUCGGUUCUGAUUGAUGUCAUUCCCAGCAGUAAGGCUGCGAGCAGGGAAGGAUGGGUGACUGGAGUUUGUUGGGCAACUUGCUGGAAAGUGCCCAGGAGCACUCCACGGUGGUGGGCAAAGUGUGGCUGACCUCCCUGUUCAUCUUCCGCAUCCUGGUGCUGGGCACGGCCACGGAGAAAGUGUGGGGAGACGAGCAGUCCUUCUUCACCUGCGACACCAAGCAGCCCGGCUGCCAGAAUGUGUGCUACGACCGCAUCUUCCCCAUCUCCCACAUCCGCUUCUGGGUGCUGCAGAUCGUCUUUGUGUCCACGCCCACCCUGGUCUACCUGGGCCACAUCUUCCACCUGGUGCGGAUGGAGGAGAAGCAGAGGCAGAGGGAGAAGGAGAGGCUGAACGGCUACCCUGCUGGGGAGAAGGAGGCUCUCAUGCAGAACGCACGCAACAUCAAGAGCCCAAGCUUAGACCAGCAGGGGAAAGUCCGAUUGAAAGGGGCCAUCCUACGCACUUAUUUGUUCAACAUCAUUUUUAAAACCCUCUUCGAAGUCGGCUUCAUCUGGGCCCAGUAUUACCUCUACGGCUUUGAACUGAAGCCCCUUUACAAAUGCAACUACACGCCCUGCCCAAACACUGUGGACUGUUACAUCUCCCGCCCAACAGAGAAGACUGUGUUCAUUAUCUUCAUGCUGGCCAUGGCUUGUCUGUCUCUCCUCCUCAACGUGAUCGAGAUCUGCCACCUGGGACUCAAGAAGUGCCGGAGGAGCAGGGAGGAGAGGAUGGCUCAGGGCAACGAGAGGAUGGCCGCCUGCGCCCCCAGCUACCAGUACUUUGCCAGCCACGGUGGCCCCCAGCUCUACGCCGUGCCCCCUCUGGCCGAGCCCGAGCCCGUGUGCCACCCCUACACCAGCAACCUGUCCAGCAAGCAGAACCGAGACAACUUCGCCCUGAUGGAUGACAAGCAGGAGGAUGUCAACCCCGCCCUGCCCACCACCAAACUCACUGAGCAGAGGCGUAACAGUGACAGGAGCAAGGCCAGCAGCCGCAGCAAGGGCGACCACCCGGCCACCUAA